CACGCACGUUGCGCGGCUCGCCUACUCGUCUGCAUGACUUUUUUUCAUCUCUCAAGCCGAGUUUCGUCUGCUGCGUCUGAGAGCGCUGGCGGCGGUGCGCAGCGCGUUUCUACCAGCCCGUGCCCCUCCAAAUCGUAGCUCCGCCUCCGAACAGAAACGAGCGCACCUCCCCAAGUUCUGUGUCUGCUCACUUCGCUCACAACCGUUAUUCUACGGUCUCUCCUAGCUUGAUCGACGGAAGCACUUUCAUAUUCGCUCUCUACGACUGCUCGCCAUUUCUGCUUGCUGCAAGUGCAUCGGAUUUCCUGCCCAAGCUCUUUCUUCCCGGAAAAGCAGAAAGGCUAGCAGUGCUCGAACAAGCUCACUUCGGGGUCCCGUCAAGACAAACACGGCUACGCUUUCGCGCCACUUCUCCGGACGCCACCGGACUUGUGCACACGCGUUUGUGUUGAUUUCGUGAAGUGCGCGCGCGCGUCAGUGAUGUGUUGUGCGCGCGCGCGUCAGUGACUCUCCGCAUGGAUUCGACUUCACGACAACGGGAUAACUUCUGUCGUUCAAGGCAUCGCCGCAGGCUCCGCGCGUAGCUACAGCUGUCACUAGGAAUAGCGAGCUGCCGCCGUUGUGCAACCCGAGUGUCCAAUCAAGAAGUUGCGACGUCGUCGACGUCAUAGCGUCUUGGCGGCUGGCUCUUCGUCCUUUGUAAGCCCCCGCGCUUGCCGCAUCUGCGGGCGGCUGUGUAGUGCUAAUGCGAGUUCUUCCCUUCCUGACGGUUGUGCUUAGCGCACUUUCCGUCGCCUCCUCUCUUGUCUGUCGACCGCGGCGGGCUAGCGGUGCAGUUUAGUCCGCUACUUGUUCCUUCCGGACCACAACACCGACACAUCCUCGCCAUCUGAGAUUUUGUUUGCGGUCUUUCACUAUGAUGCAUCGCUGUGAUUCCUGCAGAUGUAGUUUGUGCCAGCGACAGUUCUGAAAGCCGUGCUACGUGGUAAUCCGCGAGUCUUCUGCAUUGCGAACCCUGUGUCGACGUCAACUGCUGCAUCCACGUCGUGUUCGUGAAGUGGGGCGCAGAAAGUGCGUCGCUUCGAAGCUGGUUAGUUCAAGUCAAGUCUACGGUCGUCUUCGAAGUCCGCCGUGGCAUUCGCACGACGCGCCGUGCUCUCUCCGCCGUUUGAAGACCCUUUCGCCGGCGUUGUUUCCGAGAUGGCCCGCGACCCGGGCCUUCACCUUCCACGCACGCUGAGCACCAGCGCUCUGCGCAUCAAGCCGAGAUGUUCGUUCUGGGAGAAAAUGAACGAGCUGCCGGCGCGCAAGCUAACCGCAAGGCAUGGCGAAGACCAGAUCGUCACCCCGUUUGCUCAAAUACUGGCCUCGUUACGCAGUGUGCUGAACAACAUUAAACAUCUCACCAAGGACGUUCCACCCACAAUGAAGGUACCGUCCGGCUCACCAGGCACGAACACAAGCGGAUCUUCUUUAACAGAGGAAGAGUACAGUCAGAUGGCGUCGUCCACCGUGAAAGAGCUUGAAUGGUGCCUCGAGCAGCUGGAGACGAUACAGUCUCACAGAUCUGUGGGAGACAUGGCGUCCAGCAAAUUCAAGCGCAUGCUCAACAAGGAACUGAGUCACUUUUCGGAGUCCAAGUCGGGGAGCCAAAUAUCAGAGUACAUCUGUAACACAUUUUUGGACAAGGUCCAAGACCUCGACCUCCAGGUUCUGCGGCCCGAAGAGUGUGGUGGCACUGGCGGAGUGUCCGCGGGCGUGGCGGCGCCAGGAUCAGCUCCCGGGGUCCCCGGCAGCGGCGGCAAGACGCGCCAGCACCGGCCGUCUGACGCCAUGUCCCAGAUUUCGGGCAUCCGGCGCUCCCUGCACCACACCAACAGCCUCACCACUUUGCCCAAAUACGGGGUUGAGACGCCCCGCGAGCAGGAACUUGGACUCGUCCUCCAGGAUCUCGACCGCUGGGGCUGCAACAUAUUCAAGGUGGCCGAGUACUCAGGAGGCAAACCGCUCACCGCCAUCACCUACACCAUUUUCAAGGAGCGGGACCUGCUCAAGACGUUCGAUAUUUCAUCUAAAAAAUUUCUGACCUUUCUUAUGACUUUGGAAGACCACUACCUGAAGGUUCCAUACCACAACAGUAGUCAUGCGGCCGAUGUCACACAGUCCAUCCACGUGCUGCUUCUGUCGCCCGCGCUCGACACCGUGUUCACCGACCUCGAGACUCUGGCGGCGCUCUUCGCUGCAGCCAUCCAUGAUGUCGACCACCCGGGCGUCACCAACCAGUACCUCAUCAACACUAGUUCUGAGCUUGCCAUCAUGUACAACGACGAGUCAGUGCUGGAAAACCACUCUCUGGCCGUCUCGUUCAAGCUUCUGCAGGACGAAACGUGCAACAUCUUCGAGAACCUAACGAAAAAGCAGCGACUCACGCUACGCAAGAUGGUCAUCGACAUGGUCCUUGCCACAGACAUGUCCAAGCACAUGAGCUUGCUCGCCGAUCUCAAGACCAUGGUUGAGACCAAGAAAGUCGCCGGCUCUGGGGUUUUGCUCCUCGACAACUACACUGAAAGGAUACAGGUGUUACAAAACAUGAUCCACUGUGCCGACCUGAGCAAUCCAACCAAGCCACUAGAGCUGUACAGGACGUGGGUGGACUUGGUCAUGUCCGAGUUCUUCAUGCAAGGUGACAAAGAACGUGCCGAGAACCUCGACAUAAGUCCCAUGUGCGACCGCCAUACGGCCACUAUUGAGAAGACUCAGGUGGGCUUCAUCGACUACAUCGCGCACCCACUCUGGGAGACGUGGGCUGACCUGGUUCACCCGGAUGCACAGGAGAUCCUGGACAGGCUGGAGGAGAACCGCGACUGGUACCAGAACAUGAUCCCCAUCAGUCCGACGUCGAGCGUGCCUGACAUCGCACCUGCUGAUGGUGGGGACGAAGAAGGUGACGGCGAUGGCAAGUCGGCAGACAAAAUCAAAUUCCAAAUCACCAUUGAAGAGCCCGAGGACGAUGACAACUGCAUCCGAGAGGAGUCUCCGACGUCUUCGGACGGCUAGCAGCCGGAGAGUCCUCAAUGCGCCCGAAUGAUGGCGUGCUCCAUUUCUGGACUUGUAUUGGAACAUACCCCGCCGCAAGAGCCGACGUCUCCAUCGCCUACGAUGCCGACGGCUACGACGAAUAACGCGUCGACGGCAGGGCAAGGCGCAGUGGGCUUGCUAGGCCGGUUCCGGGCCUGCUGCGUUGCCACCCUUAACUUAUUCAGUCGCUGGUGCGGCGGCGCCCGAAGGCGCGGUACUUCGACCAAGGGCGUCGCCCCGGACUGCGACCUCGCCACCUCAUCUCUGCUGCUUAACUGCGGCCCUGACUCUUAGAAAAGGGAAACCCCCCUCCAUUUCUUGCCAUCCCCCAACUCCUGUUCUACAGAGGAGUCGUCGUGUGUGUGCAGAGGUAACCACGUCGACUGCGACGGGUGUGUGUGUGUGUGCUGCAUGACAAAAUAGAGCUCUGUCAGUGCCGUCACUUCUGGGACCGUGGCGUGACGUGUGUGUGUGUCUUGCAUGCACCGUUUCAGAUGCUACAAGCCAUCGCUCUGUUACAUCAACGCUGCGGUCCCUCGCUCGCUGGUAUUUCACUGUUUCGUGUGCCUCUUCGCCUACAAAAGGCCAAUGGGCAAGCAAGCAUGAACGCUGGAUCUCGGUGGACAAUGUGAGCCAAAUAGAAUGCGGGUUGGACCUAAGGACGUGAGCUCUGUAUACAAGCCAAGUGCGUUGCCGUUGCCGUCCGAACAUGCUUUUAUUUUUCGCUCUAUCUCAGUACGGCGCCAGAUCUGAAGCCCUCGUUUUGUGAAGCGUCUAUAUUUCUAAAUUCUCCUUAUGCUCACUUCUCUUUUCUCUUUUUCUCUCCUCACACACACGAAUCGCUGUGCGUGUCAGUGCCCUCUCAUGAGCAUGUGAAAAAGCAGUGCAUCUAGUCAACAAACCGCAACAACAGUGCCCUCUGGACUUUGCGUCGCACACAACUACGCCGUGCCCAAUGUGAACAUCACGCCUUACUUUUCGUGUGUGUGUAUUAAAAAAAACACCAACAGAAUAAUGGAGACGCACAAAAAGAAGUUCUUAUGUCUUUCGUCUAGCCAAGUUUUUAUUGGCUGCACGCUAUGCCCCUCUCUAGGCAGCAGAUUGUACCACAGUGUCCAUUUCACAUGGAGCCGUGACGGCAAGCUCGGUGACACUUUCAUUGCGGGACUUUGUCACACAAACGCACACGUGUGUACACACAGAAGCUUGAAAACUCGGACUCUGGACGUUGCGUCUUCACCCAUAAUUUUCUCGCCCAGCAACAGGGAAGGAUGGUUGGAAGGCGAGGUUGCUCGUCGGGUCAUUCAGCGGUUACAUAUACUUAAUACUCGCAGUUGCUCUCAGAAAACCAGGGCAGCUUGAAAAGACAUAAAACAUACGCAGAAUCCGCACUGUGUUGGCGGCGGGCAAGAAAGGACAUGCAUGUGUUUGUGCGGUUGCUAUACGUCCCCGUCAUUGCUGCUACUUUAUUUAAUCUCGACAAGUAGGAGCAAUACAUCGCGUGUGUGCAGAGUGGCAAGUCAUAAGGGAGGUUUCUGACUUCUCAUUGUUGAAAGGUAUAUGGACACACACACUCACUCACAUUAAAAAAGGACAUUGGGUUGUUGAAUUGUUGUGUUUUUCAGAGAUAUGACAUGGCAGGCAUGGUGUUUGAGGGAGUAAAAGAGGACGACGGCUCGACAGAAUAGAGGGGGAAAAAAUGAUAGCGACAUAUUUUAUUCUUCCCCACCAACCGAACUCACCCUAACCACACUUGUGGAACACUCGUUGUGUGAAGUUUUCACUCUAUAGAUUCACGCGAUCUCUUCUUUGCUUGUUGUGUGCAGAGAGCGUGUGGACAAGUCUUGUGUGAGAGGCGUAGAAAAGGAAAUGCCUUGCAGGCCACCUAUAUAUAUAUAUAUAUAUAUAUAUAAAUAUACGUGGGAGAACAGAAGCUGUUGUCAAGUUGAGCAGGGAAGUUUUACUCGUAACCUGGGUUGAAUUCAUUGUACCUGGAAUGGAUUCAAGGGCAGAUCGAGCCACUCAUUUUAGGGUGGGCGGUCACUUGAAGUAAAGCUGGAGAAAUGGGGGUGCCGACUCGUUUGUUUUUUGUAAUUAUUAUCACGAGAACCCCAACACAUCAUGAAAGGUACUAUUAAUUUUUAUUCACUGGGACCCCAGUUAAUUGUUUAUUCAUUUUUCUAAUAUAGUAAUAAUUUAAAGGCAUCAAAACAAAUAACUGGCUGUCACACUUCAGAUACAGGCACAUUUUGCUGCUCUAAGCUUUUUUUUAGGAAUAGUGUUCAGUCGUCGGGUUGAACAUGGGCUGGAGGCACUGAAGGGAGUGGGAGGAGCUAACAUAGGUUUCAGGAGUAGGCGAUUGCCCCUACCGCCCCCCCUCUGGAUCCGCCACUGAAUGGACUUUCGUCAUUUUAGUACCAUGGCCAACGCUGUCAUGCAAACAUCGCUUGCUGUGGGACGUAACUUAACGAAUUAACUUACUACUUCAAUGUUACAAUGGUGUAGUUAUACAUAUAAGUGUUCUGCACUGCGAGAACUAAACAAUGCUCUUGGAAGGAUGCGGGUGCAGAAAAGGGGAAAAAAGUGCGAGAAUGUGUACAAUGUUGAUGCACCUUCCUCCCAAAGGUUGUGGUUAGACUCUUCUCUAGGAAUCGCAUAGAAGCUGCUUUGUUUUGUUACUUUCUUGCAGAGUGUUAAAAGCAAGGCUACGUGUCAGAGCCUCGUGAAUCCAUGUGCACUUGUUGUAUAGGAGAGCAUUGUACAAUGCCUGUUAGUAAACAGAAGCCGAGAGUUGUGCUUGGCAUGUUUUGUUUCACUCUAUCGUGUUCGUUUGUUCUUGUUUUUUUUAUUUUUUCCGAUACACAACGGCAGUUUCGGGCUUCAAGUUCAAUAUGUCAAGGCACAGCUAGAAAGCACACAUUAGUAGCUGAGGCAAGAGGCGCUCAUUUCAGAUCUUCUGUGUCAUCCCAGCAAUUUCUGCACCCAGAAUGAGAGUAGAAAAGGAGAGACAAAAAAUGAGCAUUACGAAUUUUGUUGUUGUAGGUACACAAGGUAUUAUCUUCAAGUGUACAUCUUAAUGCUUAUACACGUACUGAAGGGUGUAAUAUCUUAUGCCAGUAAAUGGGGAGUUUUUCAGAGCCUGCAGUCCAACUAUAAUCACAUGGCAAUAUAUAUCAAAGCUUGUAAAAGGAACCUAUUGUUCAAUAUAUUUAGCUAUGAUUUAACGCACCCGUGUAAUCAUCUCAAGGCCCACUGCUGUCUGCUGUACAUUGAAGCACGAUGUUGAAUGGGUCUUACAUGCCUGAAGACUAAAUGUGCGUGAUUACUGCACACCAUGUAUGCGAGCAUCUCACGUUAAUAAAAUGCUUGCGAAGACCGACAGGUACAGCCUAUGAGGAUACAUUUUGAUUUACUUGCACUCUUUUCAUAGUGUCAAAAAAAGGUGUAAUAAUUACUCCCUUCAGUGCUGUGUACCUUCAAGGUGUGCUCCAUGUUCCCAUUUUCGACAGAAUAACCAACAUCAUGUUCAAUUUUAACAAGCUCUGUAAUUAGUCUUCAGUUCACAGGCCUAUAUUACCAUCUCCUGUAGUGUGUUAGUAUGUCACAUGUGCUAACAGCUAUGCCUCUCUCUCUCUCCUUUGUUCUUGAUCGUUUACGCCUUUUUGUUGUACAUGAACUAGUCUUCUUCAAUUGACAUAAACAAAGUGCUGAAAAGAAUUUCACUAAAUUAAAAACUGUUUUGCAGUGUGUACGGAAUGCAUGCACAGGUUGUCGGCUGAAACCGAUGGGUUCUUUGUUUUUCUGCCAAGCACGCAUUUCGUCCUUGCUCCCUUCCACAUUACUAAACCUUCCCUGUACACCCGAUGGAUGUUGGCUUUCCGGGUGAGUUCCUAGAAUUAGCAUUAUGAUCACACUGUCUUAAUAAAAACAAAUGGAAGAAACCUA